GAAGAAAAAAAACUACAUUUCAACACACACUAUAUAGUUAAGCGGCGUUAUUUUUUGUGCAGUUCCCGGAAAAAACGCUAAAUUCCCAUUAUCCAAUAAGGAUUUUUGCUAAAUCAAUUGAAAUAAAGCAAUUCUCCCAGCAGAGAAAAUAAAAAAUAUUUUUUUUCUACGCAACCAUUUUUUAUUUCAUUUUGUUUAUACUUUUUUGUAAUAAAUAAAUAAAAAAACAAAAAUGGCCCAACAAGAACAAGAUAUUCCAACAUUCAAAUGCGUUUUGGUUGGCGACGGUGGUACCGGCAAGACCACAUUCGUGAAACGUCACAUGACCGGUGAAUUUGAAAAGAAAUACGUUGCAACAUUGGGUGUGGAGGUGCAUCCUUUGAUUUUCCACACUAAUCGUGGUGCCAUCCGUUUCAAUGUCUGGGAUACAGCUGGUCAGGAGAAAUUUGGCGGUUUGCGCGAUGGCUACUACAUUCAGGGACAGUGUGCUGUUAUUAUGUUCGAUGUAACAUCACGUGUUACAUACAAGAACGUACCAAAUUGGCACAGAGAUUUGGUGCGUGUGUGCGAGAACAUACCAAUUGUAUUGUGUGGCAACAAGGUCGACAUUAAGGAUCGUAAAGUUAAGGCCAAGAGUAUUGUGUUCCACAGAAAGAAGAAUUUGCAAUACUACGACAUCUCUGCCAAAUCAAAUUACAACUUUGAAAAGCCCUUCCUUUGGUUGGCCCGUAAAUUGGUGGGUGAUCCCAAUUUGGAAUUUGUGGCCAUGCCCGCUUUACUGCCACCAGAGGUCAAAAUGGACAAGGACUGGCAAUUACAAAUCGAAAGAGAUUUACAAGAAGCUCAAGAAACCGCCUUACCCGACGAGGAUGAGGAUUUGUAAACUACUUUUUAACCGCCAACCUUCCUCCCCCCUUAACAACCAAACCAACCAACCACACUUUACAUAUUAUUAUUUGUUAAAAGAACGUUGUAAAUUCCUUUAAAAUCCGGGGAACUUAAACCUUUAUAAGAUUUAAUUACUUUAAAAGAAACAGCUAAACAACCUACAACAGAAGAAGCUUAAUUAUUAUAAAUUAAAAACAGAAAUUUAAAAAAAUUUAAAACAAGAAAUUACAAAAACUUAUUUUAAAAAAAAUUCAAUAAAAAACUUAAAAUACAAAAAAAAUAUAUAACAAUCUUGCUGUUUUGUUAAAACUAUUUCAUUCUUUAGAAUUUGUUUUUUCUCUUUACAUUCUUAAGCUAUUCUAAAGCUCCUUUUUUACUAUUUUUUUAAUACUUUUCUUUAGUUUGUAUAAUUUUUUUUUAUAUAAAUAUUUACUAUUUUUUUUUUGUAAUUUAUUUUGUAUUUCUAUCGUUAAAGAUAAACAACCAAAUCAACAAAAUAAUAAUUGAAUUUUUUGAAUUUAAUGAAAAAUUAUGAGAAAA